AUGGCUAAUCAUCAAUCCGCUUCGCAGACUUCAACAAACUACAAAGAAGCCUUCUCCCUGUACGACAAGCGAGGCAAUGGUCGCGUCACACUCGAGUCGCUUGGUGAUCUCCUUCGAGCAUGUGGACAGAACCCAACCCUGGCCGAGAUAAGAGACCUGGAAAAACAAGUGGGAGGUGAUUUCGAUUUCGAAUCAUUCAGCAAAGUCCUCAACAGACCCGGUGGUUUCAGAGAUCCUGGCGAACCCGAAGAAUACUGCCGCGGCUUUCAAGUAUUCGACAAAGACAUGUCAGGCUUCAUCGGAGUCGGACAACUCAGAUAUAUCCUUACGAACUUGGGCGAGAAGAUGAGCGAUGAUGAGGUGGAUGAACUGUUGAAGGCGGUUGACACCAGCAGCGGAGAGAUCAACUACAUGGAUUUGGUCCGGACGAUUCUUGCCAAUUGA